AGUUCAAAUAGGUCUUUAUUUUUCCCUCUCGUAGAAAAUUGCAAGAAGAAAGAAAAAAAGAAGAACGUUUGCUCACUGGGAGAUCGUGAGGCAUACAUCAGAUUCCCUGUCAUUAUGGAGCGUCCCAGCUCUCCUGCCUCUAACUCUCAUGAAACCAUUAGCAGCGGGAGUGAUCCUCUGACCGCGAUCGCCACCACCCGAGAUCGCGGUGGAUCCGAGUUUGAGGCUAUUCGCGCGGACACACUGAGUCGUCAGCCUACCAAUCUCAACGAGGUCGAACUAGAACGUAUCGAAACCUAUCGUCUCCAGCACCGCUCAACUGUCGGAUCAGGAGUUCCCGUACCCCGCGAAGAAUGGCUACCGAUGGGUGCUGGGAAACCGUAUCCGCCAGCUCUACCGGACCCUGAACAAUUUGUGGUGGAGUUUACCGAUGCCAAUGAUCCUCUGCAUCCGCAGAACUGGUCCUUGCGCCAGAAGAUUAUCAUAUCUGUGGUGUUGGCCUACUCCACAUUUGUCUCAUCGUUCGCUAGUGCCAUCUACUCCUCUGCCGUCGUCGAAAUCAGUCCUCAUUUUCACAUCAGCGCCGAGGUCGCCAUCCUCGGCGUGACGCUCUAUGUCUUGGGGUUUGCUUCAGGGCCAACCUUGUGGGCUCCAGCAAGUGAGUUGAUUGGAAGAAGAUGGCCGAUCAUUGUGGGAGUAUUUGGUUAUGCUAUCUUUACAGUUGGAACUGCAACUAGUAAAGAUGUCCAAACUCUCAUGUUGACUCGAUUCUUCGCGGGGUUUUUUGCCGCCAGCCCAAUUGCCAUCGUGCCGGCCGUUUUUGCGGAUAUCUACAACAAUCAGACUCGUGGUGUGGCUAUCGCAAUGUUUGCCAUGGCUGUUUUUGUUGGCCCUUUCGCGUCACCUUUCACCGGAGGGUUUAUCACGAUGUCUUAUCUUGGAUGGAGAUGGACGAUGUAUAUCUCUUGCAUCAUGGGCUUUUUGUCCACGGUACUAUGUCUUUUGUUCCUCAAGGAAACCUAUGCACCCGCCAUCCUUGUGGAGAAAGCGAUUAAGUUGCGCAGACAGACCCACAACUGGGGUAUACGGGCGAGGCAGGAGGAGGUCGAGUUGGACUGGGAGGAGUUGAUCACAAAUAACUUCAGUCGGCCGUUUCGAAUGCUCUUCACAGAGCCAAUCGUAUUUUUGAUCUCUCUUUGGAUGAGUUUUGUUUAUGGACUGAUGUAUGCUCUUCUCAGUGCAUAUCCUGUCGUAUUUCAAGGAAUCCAUGGCAUGAACCUCGGAGUUGGUAGUCUACCUUUCAUUGGUUUGAUUAUUGGUGAGCUCCUAGCCGGUGGUUACAUUCUGCUGGACCAGAAGUCGUAUUCGAAAAAGCUAGCGGCCAACAACAAUAUUCCUAUUCCCGAAUGGCGACUCCCACCAUCUAUCCUUGGUGGUAUCUGUUUCACCAUCGGGUUGUUCUGGUUCGGCUGGACAGGAUGGACAAAAUCGAUACACUGGAUGGCACCAACUGCGAGCGGAGUCAUCACUGGAUUCGGUAUCUACGUGAUCUUCCUGCAGUGCUUCAACUACCUGAUCGACUCAUAUCUCACCUUCGCGGCGUCUGUGUUUGCUGCCAACACUAUCAUUCGAUCCGCGGUUGGAGCCGCAUUUCCGUUGUUUUCGAAACAAAUGUUCAAUAACCUAGGGGUGCAAUGGGCUGGUACAUUGCUCGGAUGCCUGGCAUUGAUCAUGGUUCCUAUCCCACUCGCAUUCAUCAAAAUUGGCCCCAUCCUGAGAAAGAAGUCCAAAUUUGCCCCAGCUUUUCCACCUCGUGAAAGCAGGCCUUCAGAGAAGGAGCCAAGGGCAUCUGUAUAG